ACAAUUCGUUUUCCUAUCGAUCUGUCACAUUCCAGGAUUCUGGCAAAAUAAAAAUGCCUCAGGAAUACGACUCUAAAGUAAACAUGCAUUUGGACGUUAAUAACGGUUUAGAUCGUGUUACGGAGCUAGUUCAAACACGAUUAAUCGAAUCCGGUUGGAGAGAUCAGGUGAAACUUGCAUGCAGGAAGGCUAUCCUAGAGAAUGGUGACAAGCAUGUACCGACUGUAGAUGAAUUAAUUACGCAAAUUACCCCAAAAGCCAGGUCGAUGGUUCCGGACGCCGUAAAAAGAGAACUUUUACAUGAACUCGAAUUGAUUUUAGUCAAUGUUGACAAAAUAGGGUACAGUAAGGCCUAUUAA